CUAUCGAUAGAUGAACAAAAAGUGUCGAUAUGGGCUAAGAGGAAAGCUAAAUCCGUAGUAAACGUUUUUUAAUUUCACCCAAAUAGCCGCUUUUUGGUCGCGAAAGCAAAAUGGAAGUGGAUCAGCUGACGUUGGCCGAUGUGGUGUUCGUUAUAGAAAACAGUGCUAUCAAUGGAGCCUACCUAAACGAGCUGAAAACAAACUACGUUCUUCCCACCCUGGAGCACUUUACACAAGGCUCCAUUGAUGAACGCGAAUUCCUAAUUGCCGAACGAUAUGCAACGCUCUACGGCAUUGUCACAUACCGCACCGCCUCGAAUCUCCUGGAGCCCGUUUGUACCACUUAUGGCCCCUUUGUUCAGCCACAAAAAGUAAUCGAGACAAUUGAGCGUCUGCCCUUGGUCGGUGGCGGCAUGGAGUCGCAUGCACACAUGGCCGAGGGUUUUGCUGCUGCUCAUGGAUGCUUCGAUGAGAUCAACGAGCAGCGCCACAUACUGGAACAGGCGAAUCUGCAGCGCCAUUGCAUACUGAUAUGCAACAGUCCACCGUAUCAGAUGUCCGUAAACGAAUCCUGGAAAUACAAGGGAAAAUCCUGCGAACAGCUGGCGGCACUAUUCAAUGAACGAAAAAUUAAUUUAUCCAUCAUUGCGCCGCGCAAAAUGCCGGUGCUUUUCAAGCUGUUCAUGAAGGCCGACGGCGAUCAGCCCAUAACGACCAAAAACUAUGCCAAGAAUAUUCGCCAUUUGGUGCUGCUUAAGGGCUACAGCCUGAAGGAGCGUGCGCCCAGUCCGAACAGCAUGGCCGUGGCGGGCACAACGGCUGCACAGCAUCAAAUGGGCGCACCCCAACAACAAGUAUCAUCCGUGCAGGCAAUGAACAAUAAUCCAAAUGGCCAGCAGUCUUCUCAGGUUCAAAACAUGCCCAUGGACACGACUCCAGUGCAGCAGCAGCCAGGUGGUGCACCACAGCAGCAGCAGCAGGUCAUGAACAUGAACUCUAUACAACAGCAACAGCAGGCACAGCAGUCUGGCGCUGGCACACAAACAGGCCUCAUGAAUGCACAGCAACAACAGCAAAUGCUGCAACAGCAACAACAGCAGCAACAACAACAACAGCAGCAGCAGCAGCAACAACAACAAUUUGUGCCAAAUCAAAUGCAGAAUGCAAACUUUCAGCAAAAUGUUGUGCCCGGCCAGAAUCGCUGGAUGUAUCCAAAUCAGCCCGGUCAACGGCCGGCAUUCAUGCAAACAGCUGGCAACAAUAUGCCGCUGCAGCAAAACCAGAAUCCCAAUUCAGCGCUGAUUUCACGAAUCAAUGCGCCGCCCAAUCAAACGGUGAACUCGCUACAGCAACAAUUGCAGCAGCAGCAGCAGCAACAAAGAUUGCAAAUGUUAAAUCAGCAGCAUUUCAAUCAGCUGCAACAGCAGCUUGCACAACAACAGCAACAACAACAACAACAACAGCAGCAGCAGCAGCAUCCACAGCAACAGGUGAAUGCCAAUGCCAAUGCCAACAUGUUGCCUAAUGUCUCCAGUGCUGCUAAUGUGCCCGCACUGCAGCAACAGGCUCCCCCGCAACAGCAACAGCAGGCCCAGCAACAACAACUACAGCAGCAGCAACAGCAGCAGCAGCAACAACAACAGCAGCAGCAACAGCAGCAGCAGCAACAGCCACAGGAGCAAUCAUCGCUGCGGGAAAAGAUCUGGACCGGGGUGCUCGAAUGGUCGGAGAAGAUUAAAAACGAUCAGCAAAAAAUACCUCAUUCACUGCAGUGCACGGUCUGCACCAAUAUCAAGGAUGGCGAGCCUGAAAUCAAGGCUGACAAUUGGCCACCGAAGCUAUUGAUGCAGCUAAUGCCUAAACAUCUGGUGGGCAACAUUGGCGGUCAGUUUCUCAAAGAUUCCAAAAUGGUCGUGUUUCGCCCAACGCCCGGCGAGGCGCUCGAUUCGCUGGCUAAAAUGAUGACCUCUGGCUUUGCAGGCUGCGUGCACUUCUCGGCGCUGCAUAAUGCGCCCGCCUGCGAUAUUAAGGUACUCAUCCUGUUAUAUACGGCCGAUCGCAACGCCUUUCUUGGUUUCAUACCCAACAAUCAGUCCAUGUUUGUGGAACGUUUGCGCAAGGUGAUACAACAGAAGCAGUCGCACGGCAACAUGCAACAGCAGCAGCAGCAAAUGCCGCCACAGCAACAAAUGCAGCAAAUGUUGCAGCAGCAGCAACAGGGCAAGUCGCCCAUGGAAAUUCAACAACAGCAGCAACAAAUGCAGCAGGAUAAUUCGCAGCAACAGCAGCCACAUUAUAAUCAAUAUGCGCAGCUCAACAUGCAAAUGGGCGGCGCUCCUGGCGGCAAUGGAUCCGGCGGCAUACCGAUGCAGCCGCAAAUGCAAAUGAAUAUGAUGCAGCAGCAGCAGCAACAACAGCAGCAGCAACGCAUGCCACUGGGCGUGCCCGUUGCGAAUCCCAAUCUGCAACAGCAGCUGCAGCAGCAACAGCAGCAGGUGCCGCAGCAGCAACAGCAGCGCAUGGUGCGUCCCAUGCUGGGAAAUAACAAUCCCGGCCUGCGGCAGCUGCUGCAGCAUCAAACGACUGGCAAUCAGUUUCGUCCUCAAAUGGGCGGCCAGCCGAAUCAGAUGGGCGCCGGCGGUCCCAUGGUGGGCAAUCGUAAUUUUGAUGAUGGCGGCUAUGAGUUUAUGUAAAAUUUUAAUGUGUUCUAGUAGUAUACAUUUAUAUAUAUAUAUAUAUAGAUUCACGUUCAGUAUCAGUAUCAAUGUACCCCAGACUUGUUUGUAAAUUGUCAAGUUUCUCUCUUUUUUAGCAACAUUUUAUAAUCAUUUAGGCCCACAAUCGAUACAUAUAUGUAUUUAAUAUAAAGGAUUUUAUUUUAGUACAUUAAAAUACAA